AUGAGUGGGAAACGAAGUGCUGCCAGUGAACGAGCAGCUGCCCAUUGGUCAAAAAAGUCCAAGGUUAACGUUGAAGGCGAGGUGAAAUGGGUAGAAAUUGGCCGCUCCGAUGGAAAGCCAGAAUCAAUACCAAUACUUCCCAAAAAAUCUGAGGCCCAAGGUUCUAAGGAACAGCAGGUCGAUGCCCAAGAGGAGCCACAGAAACAUAGUAAGACACAAAAGCAAGAGAAAGAACAAGUUAUCGAUCUUACAGAUGACCAAGAUGCGGAAGAUCGCCCUGCUAUUGACACCACUACCGUCCAGAGUCCGAUACGAUUAUUUAACUCUCCCGCUCAUAAACCCCAGGACAACAUAGACUGUAUCUCAUUAAAAGAUUUGGUGUCGUCUCCGCAAUUAAGCAAGACAUACCAGUUCAAUUUCUGCAUCAAUGUUGACUUCUUCCUCAAAUACAUUACUUCGGAUCCUUUGAGCACAGAAAUAUACUUUAUUAAUAGCGCUGAAUAUUUGGUUGAGAUGACCCAGCAGAACAGAAUGAGAUUUAAACUACGGCAUGUGGAUAUCCAACUGGAACGGUUUGCCACGCAUCAUACCAAGAUGAUGGUCAACUUCUUUCGUGAUGGCACUGCCCAGAUUGUUGUAAUGAGUGCUAAUAUGACAGAGAUGGAUUUUGUGGGAAACACUCAAGGGCUUUGGAUGUCUCCAAUGCUUUCUAAAGGCAAUGGAAGGGAAUCAUCCUUUAAGAAUGAUUUUCUUGCUUAUCUAAAGGCAUACAAUAAACACGAUCUGGAUCUUCUAGCCGAAGAGUUGAAGUUAUAUGAUUUUGGAAACGUUAAAGCAGAGUUCCUUUCCUCUGUCCCAGGGACUUUUACAAUUCCAGAAGAGGAUGAUCGGUUGAAGAGAAGUGUGCAAUACGGCUACGGAAAGUUGUUUCAAUUAUUGAAAUUAAAUAAUUUAUUUCCCAAAGCGACAGAGUCUACCGAUAUCUUGGCCCAGGUUGCCACAAUAGCCUCACCCUUUGAUUUCAGGUCAUCAAAUAUUUUCACUCAUUUGCUAGCACCGUUAAUAAAUGGAACCAAAUUCCCGAUAGCCGGAGGCUUGGAGCCCUUACAGAAAGCUAUAAACGAUGAUGUUCAUCCAUUCAACCCGUUCUUGGUGUUUCCAACUAAGAACGAAGUGUUUGGUUCCGUACUGAAAGAAUACACUAGUGGUAUUUUUUACAACAUCGAUGACUCAAGUCAUAAAGUACCAUUUCUAACGAACCAGCACAAUAUAAUCAGAAAAUUCAUGUACAGAUGGACCAAUUCUGAUCCAAAUCUGAAUCAAAAAGCUGGUAGGAGCAAUUUGGCACCCCACGUUAAAACAUACUGUGCGUCCAACGACGGGUUUCAGACCUUCAUGUGGUACUUAUUAACGAGUGCCAAUCUCUCCAAACAAGCAUGGGGAUACCCAUUGAAGGGGAGCAAUGGGCUAAAAUACAAGAUCAGUUCCUACGAGGCUGGCAUAUUUAUCCAUCCGAAACUAUAUGGCGAAGACUACCAACUAAAACCUAUUUUAUCGAGAGACAGCUUCCCCAACAGAGAUAAAGACAAUGUUGUACCCAUUAGGGUUCCAUAUGCGUUCCCAUUAGAAAAAUAUCACGACUCUGAUGAACCAUGGCAGGCCAAUAUCCAUCAGGCUGUUGUCGAAUGA